AUGUUCGGUGUUGUUGUGUUCCCUCUGUUUGUAGUCGUGGCUUUGGCUGCCAUGGACGAUGAUAAAUUGGAAAAAUGUAACGAAAUGAGCCCUGCUGUGAUGAGCUGUUGUACUUCUACGCAUAUAAGCCCGGAAAUGCAGUUUCUACCAGAAAUUAAGGAGUGUUUUAAGAAUCCAGGACAUCCUCUCUCGUGUGACGAAGAUGAAUGUUUAGCUAAAAAAUUGGGAUACUACGGAGAUGAUAGAAAAAUAGACAGAGAAGAAUUGGCAAGUCACCUGGAGAAGAAGUUUGAAAAUGAACAACUUAUAUUGGAAGCAGUAAAAAAAAAUUGCCUGGAGGCUGAUAUUUCCAUAUAUGGACCACCAAUGUGUGAUCUACUCAGAAUGCAUAUUUGUAUAUUUUAUCAAUUUAGAGACGUAAGCAAAAUUGUUGUUACUCUGAUAUUUGCUAAAUUCAAUCAUAAAACGUGA